AUGUCGAGACCUCCUUGGCCUUACUAUGCGAGCCUUUUGUCCUUAAGACAGAGUAAGAGUAAGGUCUUAUGCUAUGGGGAGGCCGCCAAGGAGCACCGCUCACAGCAGAGGAGUCGAGCCGCAAAACGCCGCUCCAACCUUGAAAAGGAAGAGCUAUUUCGAAAGAGAGAUGAUAUUCUGCAGCUGGCAACAACCGCCAAUCUCACGCCAGUGCGUGCUGCUUACGUCGAAUUUCUUCUCUCCAUAAAAAGCUGCCAGCACCAAACCGACUUCUCAAAAGACGUAAUUAAAACAUACGGUGGUAUUACAAAAGUCGGCAGAGAGUCUUUCUGCCAUAGCGUCCUGGAUGGCAGUCUCAGCCUGAGAGAACACUUCGUCGCAGCCCGUAUAUUUCCACUUUCGCUCGGACAAAGAGCAAUGGAUUACAUCUUUGGCCCUAGCGCAAGGUACGAAAUAAACUCGCCACAAAAUGCUUUACUCCUCCCUCCUAUAAUUAAGAAGCGCUUUGACUCCCAUCAGAUCGCCAUUGUUCCUACAGAGCUAGACACGCCAGGCCUCCAAGAAUGGAAGUUUUUCAUCCUUGACAAAUCCAGCCUUUGGAACGCGGCAAUAUUUCCUUCCGGGAUGAAAUUCUCUGAGCUACACGGGCGAAAACUGGUUUUCCCAACCGGUUUCCGGCCGCGAGCGGGCUACUUAUAUUUUCAUUACCUGAUGUCAAUGAUUGUCCUCUUUCGAUCUGUAAAGAAGACUGGUGAAGUCCGCAGUAAAUUUCCGGAUACUGAUUGGCCUGAGCUCACGAAGGCAUGGGCUACGCAUGGAAGCUAUCUUCGUGAUGACAUGAUACGUAGCUUUAUCAAAGAGGUCGGCCGGGACCUUCCGGAAGAGUUGAAAGAAAACGCCCUAGCUCACUGUGUGUCUUUACGCUCAGACGACGAAGUCGAAGAGGUUGUUGAGUCGCUGAGGAACAUGGGCAUGGAGAGUGAAAGCGAGGAUGAGAGUGAUGACGACGACGAUGAAUGA